GAGAGAGAGAGGGGCAGGUUUCUGCUUACAGCUCAUUCCACACUAACACUGACACUAACCACCACCGCCUCCUAAACACACAGAAAUCCACGCGCAGUGUCCCGUGCUUCUCCAGCGGAGCCUCGCUUCAACUAAAGCCGACUUUAAGGACUCUAAUGGCCGCAGACUGUGGAGUGUAAAGAGACUUUUUUUUGCCUUUUAACGUGGGAAAUGCUUCUGGUUCUUCCUCCUCCUCCUCCUCCUCCUCUCCCUGGUAUGUGGAUGUGGGAGCGACCAUGUUAGCAGCAGCUGGGCAGGUGAUGAAAGGAGAAGACGGCUGCUCUACCCCAGCGUAACGAGAGAGAGACGGAGAGGAAUUCGCUACUGCUACUGGAAAAUCAGAAUGACCGUGCCUCUGCACCUCUGACCAGCACAACUGGAAUGAUAUCUUGAUCUUUUUUUUUCUUUUUCCUGGAAGUCACCAAGUUAGCGAUGAGCGGGGGGAAAUAAUGGCCAAAAACAAGGAUGCGCGGCCCCCGACAUUUGCCGUCAGCGUGGUCGGUCUCUCGGGGACCGAGAAAGAUAAGGGGAACUGUGGCGUGGGCAAGUCCUGCCUCUGCAAUCGGUAUGUGCGCCCCGAUGCGGACAGCUACUACUCGGAGCACACCUCAGUGCUGAGCACAAUAGACUUUGGUGGACGCGUGGUCAACAAUGACCACUUCCUCUACUGGGGGGACGUGCCCCAUCGAGGGGACGAUGGGUUGGACUGUAAAAUCCAAAUCAUAGAGCAGACGGAGUUCAUCGACGACCAGACGUUUCUCCCGCACCGGAGUACAAACCUGCAGCCGUACACCAAACGUGCGGCAGCAGCGAAGCUGCAGUCGGCAGAGAAGCUUAUGUACAUCUGCACUGACCAGCUGGGCCUGGAGCAGGACUUUGACCAGAAGCAGAUGCCCGACGGGAAGCUGAACAUUGACAGUUUUGUGCUCUGCGUCGACGUCAGCAAGGGUUGCAAUAGGAAGUUUGACGACCAGAUGAAGUUCGUGAACAGUCUCUACUCUCAGAUUGUGAAGUCGAAGAAACCCAUCGUCGUCGCCGCCACCAAAUGUGACGAGUGCGUGGACCAGCACCUUAGGGACCUGCAGAACUAUGUCGCCAGCAAGAAAAACCUGUCGCUCAUCGAGACGUCGUCGCGCUCCAACAUCAACGUGGAGCUCUGCUUCAACACUCUCAUCCAGCAGCUGGAUAAAGCGCGAGGGAAACCAAAAACUGUGCCAUAUCUAGAGGCUUAUAAAGUCCAACGGCAGCUUGUUGCCUCAGUAACGGAUAGAUUUGACAAAUUGAUGUUGCACACAGUAAGAGAUUACCACACAACGUGGAAAACGGUGGUCAGUAAUAUGAAGGGCCAACCCGACUUUGAUGAGUUCAUCACCCUGGAGGGCUCAAGGAAAGCACGCAGCAUAUUCUCAAAGCACAUUGCACAACUGAAACAGGAGCACAUUAGGAGGAGGAGGGAGGAGUACCUGACGACGCUGCCGAAAACCCUCAACAACAUCCUCAAUAACCUCGACGAGGUGGAACACCUCACCUGGCCCGAGGCGCAGAGCGUCAUCCGGAACCGGCCUGAUUUCCAGUACUGGUUUGUGAUUCUGGAGCACACGCCCUGGGACGAGACGGACCACGUCGACAACAGCGACCGCAGGAUACCCUUCGACCUCCUCGACACGUUUGACGGCGAGAGGAUUUACCGCAGCCACGUCCAGCAUCUGCUGUCGGAGAAGAGGAGGGUGGAGAUGAAGGAGAGGUUCAAGAAGACGCUGGACAGGGUCCAUUUUAUCAGUGCAGGGCAGUCUUGGGAGGAAGUCAUGUGCUUUGUCAUGGAGGACGAGGCCUACAAGUACAUCACAGAAUCAGAUAGGAGGGAUGUUUACUGCAGACAUCAGCAGGAAAUAGUUGAAAGGGCUAAAGAGGAUUUUCAGGAAAUGCUUUUUGAGCACGCCGAGCUUUUCUACGACUUGGAUCUGAACGCCACCCCCAGCUGCGACAAGAUGAGCGAGAUUCACUGUGUGCUGAACGAGGAGCCCAGAUACAGAGCGCUGCAGAAGCUUGCCCCAGAUAGAGAGUCACUCCUCCUCAAACACAUCGGCUUUGUUUACCAUCCCACUAAGGAAACGUGCCUGAGUGGGCAGAACUGUGUCGAUCUGAAAGUGGAGCAGGUGUUGGCAAACAGGCUGGUGCAGCUUGACCACGGACGCUCUAAUCUCUACUACAACAGUGCCAACGUCGAUAAGAUCAACCUCUGCCUCCUGGGAAGGGAGGGUCUCUCACAGGAGCUAGCCAAUGAGAUCCGAGCUCAGUCCACAGACGACGAGUACACGCUUGAUGGUAAAAUUUAUGAACUGGAGCUUCUACCCGUGGACGUCAACUCCACUCUGCUCUUCAGCCACACGUGGAUCACCACCUUCAAGCCGCACGGCUGCUUCUGCGUCUUCAACUCCAUCGAGUCUCUCAACUGUAUAGGAGAUUGCAUAGGAAGGAUCCGAGCGGAGAUAGCGCAGAGUCGGAGAGAUCGAUUUGCUCAGCCGCUGCCGUUCAUUCUCAUCCUGGCAAACCAGAGGGACAGCGUUUGCAAGAACAUCCCCAUCCUUCGACACCAGGGGCAGCAGCUGGCAAACAAGCUGCAGUGCACCUUUGUGGACAUUCCCUCCGGGGCGUUUCCACGUAAAUUCACAGAGUUCCAAGUGAAGCAGGGUCUGCGAGCAGUCCUGGACGGGCUGAAGCAUAAUUUUGACGUCUUGGCUCCUCUGCCUUCCAUCAAAGACAUGUCCGAGACUGACCUCAGGAUAGUCAUGUGUGCCAUGUGCUGGGAUCCUUUCAGUGUCGACCUCAUCCUCUCGCCUUUCCUGGACUCUCACUGCUGUAGCGCCGGACAGCCGGGCCAGAGCAACACCCUCAUACUGGACAAGAUCAUUGGCGACAGCCGGAGGAGGAUCCAGGUCACCGUCCUUUCUUAUCACUCUGCCAUCGGUGUUCGCAAAGAUGAACUGGUGCACGGCUACAUUCUGGUCUACUCUGCCAAGCGCAAGGCGUCCAUGGCGACCCUGCGGGCGUUUUUAGCCGAGGUCCAGGACGUAAUCCCCGUCCAGAUGGUGGCGAUCACAGACAGCCAGGCGGACUUCUUUGAAAACGAUGCCAUCAAGGAGCUGAUGACGGAGGGCGAGCACAUCGCCACGGAGAUCGCCGCCAAGUUUACGGCGCUGUACUCGUUGUCGCAGUAUCACCGGCAGACGGAGGUUUUCACUCCCUUCUUCAACGAAGUGCUGGAGAAGAAGCCGGGCAUCGAGAGCUCCUUCCUGUUUGACAGCUCGUCACGAGAGUGCACCACUGGCGCCAGUGAAGAUGUCUUCCCCACCUCGCCUCAUAGCCACUCCCCCGCCUACAACACCUACUACCCAGAGUCUGAUGAUGAUAAUGAAGCCCCGCCUCCUUACAGUCCGAUAGGUGACGAUGUUCAGCUUCUCCCCACACCCAGCGAGCGCGCCAAGUACCGAAUCGACCUCGAGGGAAACGAGUAUCCGGUCCAUAGCACACCCGUGGGAGACCAUGAACGCAACCACAAAGUGCCUCCGCCUGUCCGGCCCAAACCGGUUCUCCCUAAACCCAAUGUAAAAAAGUUGGACCCCAACUUACUUAAAACCAUCGAGGCUGGCAUGCGGAGUAAUCGCAGGAUGGUGCGCGGCCCGACGACGCACGCGGAGGACGUGGAACCGUCGGACAACUAUGCAGACCCCGUGGACACCCUGCUCAGGUCCAGAGGCUUCCACAAUGAGGACAUAUAUGCCGUGCCCGAUGACGCGCACAGCCGCCUGGUCAAAAUCAGAAACUCCUUCGGCGGCUUGCACGGUCUCCACGGCGUGGGAGAGGAGGAGAACGGAUACGACAGGAAGUCUCAGGCCGGGAGGCGGCCGUCAAAAUACAAACAUCGCUCUAAAAUCCUCUUCAGCAGGACAAAGGCCUACCAGAGACGCUUCCACUCGGACAGCGAUGGGGAGGAGUCUGGUCCCGCCACGCAGAAAAAGAAAAAGGGAAGAGCCCACCGGGGCAGCGAGGAGGACCCACUGCUCUCACCUGCUGACCCCUGGAAGGGGGGCAUAGACAACCCUGCCAUCACCUCCGACCCUGAGCAGGAGGACAAGAAGAUGAAGAAGAAGAAGACGCCCAAAACACCAAAGGAACCAAAGAAGCAGAGAUCCUCGAAGCCCCCGAAGCCUCUGUACCCUCCGACCAGGAGAACCUGGGAGAGCAACUACUUUGGCGUUCCUCUGCAGAACCUGGUGACACUGGAUCGACCCAUCCCACUCUUUAUCGAGAAAUGCGUCGACUACAUCGAGCGGACGGGUCUGACGACUGAAGGCUUGUACCGAGUCAGCGGGAACAAGACGGACCAGGACAACAUCCAGAAACAGUUUGAUCAAGAUCACGGCAUCGACUUUGUGACGAUGGACGUGGCGGUGAACGCUGCUGCUGGAGCUCUGAAGGCGUUCUUCGCUGACCUGCCUGAGCCUCUGAUCCCCUACAGCUUUCAUCCUGAACUGGUGGAAGCAGCAAAAAUCGUGGACUACAUGGAGCGUCUGCAGGUGCUGAGAGAAAUCGUGAAGAAGUUUCCCUCUGUGAACUACCAGGUCUUCAAGUACAUCAUCACACACCUCAACAGGGUGAGUCAGCACAGUAAGCUGACGCUGAUGACGGCCGACAACCUCUCCAUCUGCUUCUGGCCCACGCUGAUGCGGCCCGACUUCGAGAACAAGGACACGCUCUCCACCACCAAGCUGAACCAGGCCGUCAUCGAGUCCUUCAUCGUGCAGAGCGACUACUUCUUCCACGGCGGCGAGGUCGCCGAGAGCUCCAGCAGCGAGGGCACGCCGCCGCCGCACUGCCAUAACAUGGUGGAGGCGCUGCUGCCGCUGCAGCUGCCUCCGCCGCUGCAGCCGCAGCAGAUCCAGCACACGCUGCACCCCGACCCACUCAUUUAAGAGCCACAGGAGCAGGAUGGGAGGGGGGCGGAGGGGCGGCGGCGGGGCGGAGCACGUCUGUCUCGGAUGUUCUAACUUAAAAAAACAAAAAAUAAACGUCUGGUUGGUGAUUUUUCCUCUGUCAGGAUUCAGCAGCUGUUUGUCAGAUCAGAGCUAAUCUGUGACAUCUGCUCAUAAAUCCCCGGAUUAGAGAAUUACAAUCGCACAUCACCCUUUUUUGGAACUAAAAUUCGGACGUAACCUCCUCAUCCUCCUCCUCCUCUUCUUCACUACACAGAGACUGGCUUUGAUUUGGCACAUAGAGACGACACUCGUCGUCUAGCAGGGUUGGAUCUAAGACUCCGGGGAUUCUGGGAUACAUUUUUUGGGGGGCUUAAAUAAAGAGUAUACUCCCCCCUGUCUUACCUGAUGGAAUAGCACACUACUCCUCCUCCUCCUCCUCCUCCUCCUCCUCCUCCUCCUCCUCCUCCUCCGUUAAAGGGAAGUUAGCGUAGAGAGAAAGUCCCUGUGACUGCACCGACUGCACCGUUUUCUUUGACUGGAUUAAUUCCCAGGAUGCUUUGCGGGAACUUCACCAAGUCUUCCUGCAGAUUUCAGCACAGGAAAACCUCUUCUUCUUCUUCUUCUUCUUCUUCUUCUUCUUCUUCUGUUGUUGUCAGGUUUUUUUUGCGAGCGCUCGUGGAUCCACAAGAAGAAAAUGUGGAUUAUUUUGUUUUCUUUUCGGGGUGAGGGGAGGAGAUGAGGCGGAGGGUGGGAGGAGACUAAUUUGAAACACUAAAAGACAGCAUCAAUGUGACCCCCCUCCCCCCCGACAUGACCUUUGACCCCGGUUAAGGACAGCACACGCACGAUCUGUGUCCUUAAGUUCCUCGUGCCAGUUUCUCGUCUGUUUUAGUUUCUGUUUUUUAUCAUUUUGAAAAAUGCUUUUCUUUCUUUUUUUUAUAUAUUUUUUGUAACGUCAGAUCGUGUGUGAUGAUGAUGAUGAUGAUGAUGAUGAUGAUGAUGAUGAUGGUGUGUGUGUGUGUGUGUGUGUGUGAAGCCAGUUUUUUUUUCUACCUUCUCCUCGGAGAGAAGGAACGGAUUCAGGAGGGAAAUUUCAAAAAAGUGGCGGAUUUUUCUCGGAGAAUCCGACCUCACGUUCUUCACUGAGAAUCUUCAGCUGAAACCUCUUUAACUCUCGAUGCAAUGACUGACCACGCCCACUUUCCCCCCACUCCUUUCAAUGCAACGGCACAUGAGCGGAUAUUAAAAAAAAAGAAGAAGAAAAAAAACCACUAUCGUGUUCUGGAUCUGCCGUUUCUAACGUUUCUCCGUUUGUUUGGAAUCCGAUGAAACUUGCAUGUCUCUUGUUUUUCUUUUCUUUUUUUGCCACUUAGUGAUGAGGAGAAAAAAAAAAGAACUUUGAAGCUUUGAAACAACAAGAAAAAAGAAAAUGAAACGAAACGAAAACACAGUGAAACUUUCAUGUUUUUGACGAGCGAGGAAAGACGGGUUUUCAUUCUCUGCUUUUCUUUGUCUUAAUAUCAUAUUUUUUGGUUCUAUGUCAAAUAGAUUUCCCUUAAAUAGAGGAAAGAAGUAUAUAUAAGUAUAAAUAUAUAUAUAUAUAAAUAUAUAUAUAUAUAUAUAUAUAAAUGUAUUGGCAGCAGAAGGUGCUGAUUUAGUGAAAUACGACGGGGUACUGGACUCUCAUCUGUCUGUGUGUUUUCUGAUGGUUUCACUCAACCAUCGCUUUGUACGAGUGUGUGUGUGUGCGCGCGAGUGUGUGUGUGUGGGUGCGUGCGUGUGUGUGUGUGCGUGUGUGUUCACGCGCAACAACAGCUGGGAAAGUUAAAAAGUUUGAAUUCCUUUGAGAGACGAAAUCAAAUCCCUCGUCGCUUUCAUCAACACUUUGAGGCGGAGCAAACCAUCGCCUCGCUCAGUUUUCACCCCGCGGUUACCUGGUAAAUGUAAAGUAGAGUCACGCCGUCAUGCAGCUCAUGGAAUAGUUUUGGAUCCAGUUUACUUUAAGACAUUUGAGACUUUAUAUGACAUUAAAAUUACAUGGACGUGGUUCAUCUUUGCAUGACAAGCACAAGCGGACGAGACGUUUAUUCAUAUUUGUAGAUAGAAACUGUUUCUGGUACUGAAUUUUCUAGUGAAAUGAAAUAAAAACCACUGCUCUGCUCAUUUCAAACACGCUUCUAAAUCCACGUCUUACGGAACAGAAAAAAAUAGACGUAUAAAGUUUCUUCUUCUUCUGUAAAUUCUCUAAAAACUUUGCUUUGUGAGUUUAAAUACAAAAAAAAAGACCCUGAAAAGUGUGAUGGUCGAUGAAAGCGAUGACGGAAGAAAUGAAACUAAAAUCGUGACGCAAAGCUCCGCCCCCGUUUCAGACACGUCGCUCAAAUCCCCUCAGUGUUGUUCGUUUUUUAAUCAAUUGCAGAUUUUUAUUUAGCACUGAAACCAUGAAAUCAUCAGCAGAAACGUGUCAGGAACAUUUUCAAACAGUCAACUGUUAACGAGACUCUCUGGAAGUUCAUCUGAGAGAGAGAGAGCGACUCAGCAGAAAUGUAAAGGUCACAUUGAAGAAAGGGCGACACGUGUCUGGAACGGGACGAGCUGCCGACAAAUGAGAGAGAGAGGAUGUUUGCUUUGGGAUGUGAAUGAGGAGCGUAAAGUGUGUGUCCAAGGGGAUAAAAUAUUCCGAAUGGAACGUAGCCAGAAGCUCAUUUUAAGGUUUUUUAUGAUGUUGGGACGGGAGGAGGAGGAGGAGGAGGAGGACGACGACGACACUGAAGGUCGUGAAACGAGGGAAGUGGAACAGAGCCAAGAGCAUCCUGACCAACAGGCUGGAGUUUAGUG